CACUGUUCAGGUAUAAAUACCUACCAUAAUGAGCUUGGAAAAUGCAAAAACUGACCAACCCAAACCUGGAAAAAAAGAAUAGUGGCAAUGGGCAGCACAAGAACUGAGCUAUACUUUGUUUUCAUGAACUAUGAUCCUGAAUACCAGCGUCUUCGAGCUGAUCAAACUAAAAAAGGGGCGUAUGAGCUUGAUUUGUAUCUGAGUAAGAAGCACGACGAGCUUUUGGCAAGUACCCUUCAAGCUGGUACCUAUAAGAAGACCUUAUCUUUGGUCAUUGUUGAUGGUUUUGCAGUUGAAAUCACAGAAACUCAGGCCAAUGUGCUUAGAUCUGCAAACGGGGUUAGAGUUGUGGAGAAGAAUCAAGAGCUUCCUUAGUGGAGAUAGCUAUGAAGAAUAUUAUAUUAUAUAUCAAAAAGCUUGAAGUUUGUAGAAGAUUGAUGAACAUUUGUACAUGUAGGUUUAAUUAAGUUAUAUAUCUUUGUUCAAUAAAAUCAUUUCUAUGGAGAUUUAAGUCAACAAA